AUGAAGGGCAUCGCAGGUCUUACUCUCCUGCCGCUGCUGGCAGCUGCAAAGCCUGUCAUCAAGGCAGACACCUUGAGCCACCAGAGCAUCGACAACGAUGCCGCUCCCCUCAUCUCGUCCGUCGAUGCUGAGACCAUCCCUGACUCUUACUUGAUCGCUUUCAAGGAUCACGUCGACCACCAUGAUGCCGCCGCUCACCACAACUGGGUGCAGGACAUCCACGAGCAGACACUCGGCACCAAGCUCGAGCUCCGCAAGAGAUCGCAGGCUCCUUUCCUCGAGACUGUCUUUGACGGUCUCAAGCACACAUACAACAUGGCAGGCCUCAAGGGCUACUCAGGCCACUUCGACGAGUCCGUCAUUGACGCCAUUCGCAAGCACCCCGACAAGGACCAGGUCAUGCACACCCUCGCCAAGUCCGAGGACCCCGCCGUCGAGAAGGGCGCUCCUUGGGGUCUCGCUCGUAUCUCGCACCGCGACAGCUUGACCUUCGGCACAUUCAACAAGUACCUCUACUCAUCCGACGGUGGUGAGGGUGUUGAUGUCUACGUUAUCGACACUGGCACCAACGUUGACCACGUCGACUUUGAGGGCCGUGCCUCCUGGGGCAAGACCAUCCCUCAGGGUGAUGAGGACAAGGACGGCAACGGCCACGGCACUCACUGCUCUGGUACCGUCGCUGGUAAGAAGUACGGUGUUGCCAAGAAGGCCCACGUCAAGGCCGUCAAGGUUCUCCGCUCCAACGGCUCAGGUUCCAUGUCCGACGUCGUCAAGGGUGUUGAGUACGCUGCCGAGUCCCACAUCGAGCAGGUCGAGAAGGCCAAGAAGGGCAAGAGAAAGGGCUUCAAGGGCAGCGCUGCCAACAUGAGUCUGGGUGGUGGCAAGUCUGCCCUCCUCGACCAGGCUGUCAACGCCGCCGUCGACGCCGGCAUCCACUUCGCUGUUGCCGCCGGUAACGACAACGCCGACUCUUGCAGAUACUCCCCCGCCGCUGCUGAGAAGGCCGUCACCGUCGGCGCCUCCACUCUUGCUGACGAGCGUGCUUACUUCUCCAACUUCGGCAAGUGCAACGACAUCUUCGCUCCUGGCCUCAACAUCCUUUCCACCUGGAUCGGCAGCGAGACUGCCACCAACGUCAUCUCCGGUACCUCGAUGGCCUCUCCCCACAUCGCUGGUCUCCUCGCCUACCUCCUCUCCCUCCAGCCCUCCAAGAACUCUGCCUACGCUGUCGCUGAGAUUACCCCCAAGAAGCUCAAGGCUGACCUCCUCUCCAUCGCCACUGUUGGUGCUCUUGAGGACGUUCCCUCAGACACCGCCAACGUAAGUAACUGUAUACUUCUGUGUUUAUGCUCUUUACUAACGUCAGUCAGNAUCCUUGCCUGGAACGGUGGCGGUUCUGCCAACUACACCGAGGUCAUUGCCGCUGGCGGUUACAAGGUCAAGAACUCGCAGCGCGAGUACGGUCUUGAGGAGCUCAAGGCCAUCACCAAGACCGACUCUGCCCACAAGGCUUACAAGAAGGUUCAGGAGAUGGAUGCAUCGGUCAUCCGCGAGGACAUGAGAGAGUCGUUCGAGGCUGCUCGCAAGGAGAUUGCCAGACUUACUGCCAAGCUCGAGUCCGAGAUUGACGAGUUCCUCGCAUCUUCGGAGUAA